AACAUUGCUGGAUUUUGCUUCUGGUGGGAAGCAAAAAGCUGCUUUAUGGAAACUUGAAGAUAGAUUCAGCAAGUUCUUUGAGGUUUCAGAGUACAUUAGUCAUAGCAGAACACAACAAUGAGUCUCUUACACCCAUUACACUAAACACUAUCACUGCGGCAAAACAUCUUGGAGGUGAAGUUUCCUGUUUAGUAGCUGGUACCAGCUGCGACAAGGUCGCGCAAGAAGUCAGCCAAGUGCAGGGUGUUGCAAAAGUUCUGGUGGCUCAGCAUGAUGCAUAUAAGGGAUUUCUAGCAGAGGAACUGACUCCCUUGAUUUUGGAAACUCAUAAAAAGUAUAAUUACACCCACAUUUGUGCUGGAGCAUCUGCCUUUGGGAAGAAUCUUAUUCCCAGAGUGGCUGGCAAACUUGAUGUUGCCCCUGUUUCUGACAUUAUUGAAAUUCAGUCACCAGACACCUUUGUGAGAACAAUCUAUGCAGGAAAUAUUCUUUGCACUUUGCAAUGUGAUGAAGCAAUUAAAGUAUUCACUGUGCGGGGAACUUCUUUUGAGGCUGCACCAACAAGUGGUGGUAGUGCCAGUUUAGAGAAGUGUGAUGCAGCUUCGCCUGUUGGUCUGUCUGAAUGGAUUGAGCAGAAGUUGACAAAGAGCGAUCGACCAGAGCUUACUAGUGCGAAAGUGGUUGUGUCUGGUGGGAGAGGCUUGAAGAGCAGUGAAAACUUUAAGUUGUUGUAUGAUCUUGCGGAUCAAUUGAAUGCUGCAGUUGGAGCUUCCCGUGCAGCUGUUGAUGCUGGCUUUGUUCCUAAUGACAUGCAAGUUGGACAGACGGGCAAAAUAGUAGCACCAGAACUUUAUAUUGCUGUGGGAAUAUCUGGAGCGAUCCAACACUUGGCUGGAAUGAAAGACAGCAAGACCAUUGUUGCUAUUAACAAGGAUCCAGAAGCUCCAAUAUUCCAAGUGGCAGACUUCGGCCUGGUGGCAGACUUAUUUCAGGCGGUGCCAGAGAUGACGGAGCUGCUGAAGAAGAAGUGA